UGAGACGGGGAGUGCGCACAGAGAAUCCGAGCAGUACAGUACAUAGGAAAUGACUCAUAGGAGUUGAACUGUUAGCGUGGGUGUGUGCGCUAUUAAAACAAGGCGCAGACUCCUCCGGGUGACUCACUCUGAUGCUCGCUUUUCCAUGCUGAAAACCAGCACGGAUUGUUAAUCAGAUGAACUUUCGGGAAUUGUGUAGCCGACAGCGAGCAGCUUUUUACCCGCAGACAUCAUGGCUUCAAACGCUCUCUGCGCGCUCUGCGGACUUAUUAUAGCGGCCGUGACUAAUUUCCAUGCUGUGAACGCACAGAAAAGUCAGUGUGGAAGUUCAGAAUUUUGGAAUUCCGAUUUGGAUGUGUGCGUGCCAUGCGCAUCAUGCAAGCAAUACCCGAAGACCCCGUCGUGCAACACGUGUAAACCUGUAGAGGACACGCCCGACGUGUGGAAACUGGCAGCCAUCACCAGCUUCUCAGUGUUGGCUGUCGUGCUGGUCGGUGCCGCAUUGAUUAUCGGGGUCAUGGUGCAUCGACGCAAGUCACACAAACGGCCCCUACGUGAGCCCAUUGAAGAAACUGCGGGGCCACUUUAUCAAGCUUAAACAUUUCACCUCAUCUUCCUCUGGAAACAGAUGUGACAGAACCAAGCAGCAACUGGCUCAGAGCCGGACGCAGGAACCUCUGGACCAUGAAGUGUAUACUCUGACAUGCAGGGUAUCUCUUGACCAGGAUUGGACCAUUUUUUUUAUUUAUUGGACUGUUCAGUGAAGAGAUGUUCUCAUGCUCAGUGUAGGUCCCACAGUGACCACAGGACUUAACAUCGAGCAACUCUCACACCUCUGUAGAAAUAGUAACAACAUCGUACUAGAGUGGUAUCAUUUUCAGAUUUUGUGUGCCUUUAUAUUCCACCUAAAUGAGACUUUGAUCUGGACCACCUUUGUAGGUUUACAGAUGUUUGAUUCAGAAAUAUGACUACAAUCCACGCUUCUGUUUUGUAUUGUGCUGUUUUCCAGUAGGACUCCAAUGAAUGUAACACAGCUACUGCUGCCUGCUGGGCUGCAGUUUGAUCCCCUGCUAUUCUGCAGGGUUAGACGGGGUCUCCCUGCUGGUUAUUUACCACAACAGCCUCUUAAAGAUAAACCACAUGUGAGUAAGACAUACUGUUAGGCACAUUAAGGCCAUUUGAAUGUAGCUACUUAGGUGAAAUGUAUUCUAGCCUUUGUCCCUGUCAGUACCUCCAUGUACCUGUUCUUUUAGUAGCCUGAUACAGUGAUAAAGCUGUUGGAUUGAGGGAGCAAACUGUACUCAUGCACUGUUACUGGGUCCCCUGAGACCAACACAGACCCCUUUGUUGCAGGUCAUAACAAUAUUGUCUUGUCUGAUUCAAUGUUUUUAGCUGAGCUGUAGGUGAUUUUAGCUGAAUGUUUUUACAACAACAACCCCAGGAUGCACACGUUACCGUCCCAGCGUUCGUAGGAUAGGAUGUUUGAAACACUAGACACACAAUCCCAAACUGCUAACAUGUGGGAAUGUUGCAAGGAAUGUACUGUAGUGAGGAAAAUUACACCUACAGGUGGUUUUGAGGUGGAGCUACUCAAUCACAAUGCUUGCUAACUCCAGACCUGUCAAAUGAUUUCAGAUCUGCAACCAGGCAAAAACAAUGCAGCAUGUUGAGAUGUCUGUUUGUAAUUUUGUGACCAUUGCAAAUAGGGUUAACCCUAACCCUAACCCAGUGAGAAACAUCGUGGGCGGGGUUGUUGUUUUUCACUUUUUUUGUAGAACUUUUUAAAAAUCUUCAAAUCAUCUUGCAUUAUGUUAUUGAGAAUUCUUGAAAUAUUUUGUCACUGACAAUGUUUCAGGUCUUAUUUUGGAUCUGUCUGCUUGUGGGUAAACUGCUUGCCCUCUGGCAGCAAAGGUAAGGACUCACUUAAAAUACAGAUUACUUCCUCAUUUCCUUUUUUUUUUUUUUUUUAGAUGUUUAUAUUAUUUAUUUCUAAGUAUCUUGCAGUGUUGUAUUGCAUCAACUGCAAGGGACAAGCACAUUUUUAAAGGGACUCCAGUGAAGAUUUUUGUUAAACUUCCACUCGGCCAGCCAACAACGUUAUCAAGCAAUAACUAACACUUUCUGCUACUUUCUUAUGCUUUCUAUUUCUAACUGUAUAUACUGUAAAUGCACUGGCUUCUUUUACUUAAUGCAAUCUUAUAAACUUCUUUGUGUACCAAAAGUAUUUUCACAAUAAAACUGACAACUUUAAUUAGUAA